GUCUUUGGAAUAUAGGACUUAAGAAUGGAAUAAUCUUGAAGUAUCAGGCAUAGCCAAGACGUCUCUGAUAAUGAAUACAUGGCAAAGAGACACAGGAUAGUUCGAAACAUCUUAAACAAUAGAGUUGACAUGAUAAUAUAACAAAUUGUUGUGUACAAGGGUAUGACUUGCCUAUGGGUCAUUAGAUGCCAAUUUGAAUUACAAUGAUCGUAACGUGCGCUAUUCAUAACGAGAUUACAAUCUUUUUAACUUGUAUCAGAUUUAAAACACUCUGGUCAAAAGUGUAACAAGAUUUUGUAUAUUUCACAAUUGCAGAUUAUGUGAGCUGGAUUAGUGUUAAUAAGGAAUUAAAACAGAAGUUCAAUAAGGAAUUAGAUAUUUGUAGCGGAUCAAAACGCUGGACGGAUUAUUUCACCUCAUAAGUGGCUUGUCCGAGGGUUAUUGUUUUAGUUGACAGUUUUGUUGUUGCUGAGGCGUGCUAUAUGAUUCAUUCAGACCAAGGUUCUCAUGGUCAGCGGACUAGAAAGUGAUUGGAAUAUGGUUUAAUAUUCAACAUUUAUAAUGUAAAUAAAUGAAAUUUGAUGGAGGAAAUUACAAGAGUUGUAAAAGCAAGUUGUGUAAUUUGAUGGAAAUGAUACAACUUUAAGUUCAAAUUGUUUUUUGAUCUUGCUAAAGUAUAAAGAGCCAUACUUGGAAUUUACAAUGAGCCUUAACAUUGGGGAUAGGAUAAAUUAUUUACACUUACAAUUACUUUCCCAAAUAUUUUUCUAAAUAAAGAUAGACUAAAAGCUAGUGGAAUAAAACACUUCUGAAAACCAGGAAAAUGUGUGGUCAUAUCUGACUGUCCAGAACAAGCAAAUCCCAUCAAAGGUGUGAAUAUCAACAAUCUCAGCACAGCCAGUCGAAAUCCUUACAAAGUCAUAAGUAUCCUCCCUCAGUCAAAAGAUGUGAAUAUCAAUUUGUGCAAUCAAUUCUGAAACGCACCAAACCGUGAACAGUGGUCAAACAAGUUGAAGAUAAUCCACAAACCAUUAAUACCUGUCACAACCCAGCGCGAUGAACGAAGCGCAGAGAUCGGUGCUUCAGAGGCACCUCAAGACCCUGGGGGAUAACAUCAUGUUGACGGAGGAGCUGCUAGCUGCUAUGUACCAGAGGAAACUGUUUGAAUGGAACAUGAUUGAAACCAUCAAGGCUGAGAAGACCCACACAGACCAGCUGUACAAGAUGUUGAACAUGCUACCCAGGCGAGGACCAGAGGCCUUCGAUAACUUCAUUGACAUCCUCAAACCUGACUACCCCUGGCUUGCUUCUGCCCUAGAGAGCACCUACAAGGAGAUGGACCUGAGUCUCCCUAGACAGGGCUCCAUGGUCUGUGUGUGUACAUGUGGCAGCCUGUCAGCUCGUGAAUCUGGCCCCUUAACAUCACGGGGAGAUACACAAGUGGAUGGUCCUUAUCCUCUACCCAAACCACUACCCGACAUCCCAGCUGAUACAGACGUGAAAGCCAAAGUGGGAAUGUUCAUCCACAAACAGUUUGGUCACAGCAAGAGGGUGUCCCAGCAGGACAAGAAGUCCAUGGAGAGAUGGCUGGCGGAACAGAUACAGCAGGAGCGGAGAACUCGAUCAUCAAAACCAUGUUCUGUAUCAGAAGAGCCCGAUAUGUCUGAGAAAGAAGCCAUCACUGGUCCAGUCUCUGUAGCAGACCACAUUCAUGAUGACCUGAAAAAGAUCUUCAACAAGGUAAAAGAUGAAAACCUCAGUGACCUACUGAACAGUGAAUAUGCUCACAAAAACGCCAUCAGUGAUUCAGGAGCAGGGGCAGAGAGUGGUAGUGACGAAAUUGAUGCAAACAUUAACCAGAACAUUGUUGACAUUGGAAAAUUUGCCGAGAAACUUGAAGACGAGAUUGAUAUGUUAAUUAACAGGAUGAAUGAAAUGGAAGGGCUGCUUACUCAGUGUCAUUACAUACUUGGUGAUCCAGAUAGGAAGAGAAGGAUUACUGAUUUGGUCAAAGAUGUGCAGUACACUGCUAAGCAAUCAGAGAAAGAGUUAAGGAAGGAGAAGUCUAAGUCAGAAAAGAUGCUGAAUGAGUUAUAUGAUUACAGUAAGCAGAUAAAUAAACUUGAGAUGAAAAGAGAACUUAUGAGGCAGGAGAAUGAAAAACUCACUGAAGAAAGAGAGAAAUUGAAAAGAGAAAAUGCUGUCAUAAGGGAUAAGUGUGACAAACUAGAAGUAGCUAGUCUUCAACAUUUAGAAAAAGAGAAAACACUACAGAAUCUGAAAAAGAUGGUGGAUGAAUUAAAAGCAAAUCAAUUUCAAUCAACUGAUGAUUCCCCUAACUUUAGAGGCAUAGGUAACACAAGGACAAAUACCAAAAGAACGCCAAGAGUUCAGAACAGGAAAGGCUCAACAGUGGAUCUCUCUGUGCCAGGGACAGUCAGAUCUCGGACUCAAGCGAGGGGACAAUUGUUUAACACCAGAAAAAGAACAAUUCCCAUAAACAGGUUUAACUGACACUAUGAGCGAGAAGUAAUGUUAAUUGCUUUUGUGAAUGCCAUGAUGACAGGCCAUUUUCAGUCUUUCUGCUCAUGCAGUUAUUAGUUUAUGGUGUGUUUGUUUUCAUUUUACAACAAUUCUAAAACAAGUUAUAUAACAACAGCUGUCCGAUGGUUUUUAGAGAAUCAUCAGUGCUAUAAAAAGGGUACCUCACUAUUUCAAACUAUUUGUAAACGUCAAUGGGGAAAAAAAUACCAUUUUGAAAUUUUAGACCGCUCUGACUUCCCAAUAAUUUUAUAAACAGUCAGAGCAAUGAUCCUCUAAAUAUUAAUCACUCUGAACAUACAUUGAGAUAUAUAACCCUGCACUUAUUAUUGUCAUCAUUCUUAACAUUAUUUUGAAGGUUAACACAAUAAUGUGCAAUUCCAUAUUUCUGGCUGAACAUUUUCAUUCAAGCAAGAAAAUUGUUAAGCAAGGAUAUUCCCUUGUGGGGCUCUUGUUUUAUAAGCUAUUCAAUGCGACGUGAAUGUGUGUGUUUUUAAACAGAGAUAUGUAUCAAUGCUAUUCAAAUUGUGUUAAACAGAGAUAUACACCAGUGCUGACUUAAUAAAUUUAUUAUUUUUGAUUUAUUACCAAAUUCCUGAAUGAAAAUGUGCUGUGAAUAUGAAAAUUUAUUUUAAAUCAAAAUGCAUUUUCUGUAACUUUCAUUCAGUAGACAGCAUUUACUGAGAGCAUUUA